UUACAUCUUGUUUAGAUAUGAUCUGGAUCAGAACAAAGCCUGCGUAAUGGAUUAAUAGUGUCAUGGAUUGAAGGAUUCUCUUUUCUCCAAAUAUCUAGCUCAGUCCGAGAACUUUGUUAAAGUAAGACUAGGCCAGGGAACGGAGUAAGCAAACUGCACCUUUGAUAGAUAAUGAGUAUUAUUUCUGCCUACACGAUUCAUGCUACUGGUAUGAGGCAAGCCCAGGAAAAUGCGGCUUUUCGUGAGGAGCUGGCGACCGAAACUACCUUCAAAUUCUCUGAUGAAGAGAAGGAGAAGUUCGUGUCCCACAUGACAUCAGGAGUACAGCUCAUGAUAAAGCCCACUGAGGAGGCAAUCCUGGCUAAAACACAGGAGGUUCUUGAGAGUCAGGGACAGCUGGAGAAGGUUCUAGAAGAAGAAGCAGCCCGAGUAGAGGCAGCUAAAGCGGCUCUCAGCGAGGUUCAGCAGAUAAUGAUUAAAGUUCCGCAGUACAGACAAAAAGUUUUACAGAUAAAGAAAGAGAUGACCAACAUCCAGCGGAGAACAUCUAAACUUUCCACCAAGUCGCUGCAACUAAAAGCAGCUCGAGACAAGAUCCUGGAGAGUGAGCGCCAGCAGGCAGCUAGACUUGCUAAACUUGAAGCCAGGGUGGUUACUACCACCCCUACUCCUGGUGGUAGUGGUAGUUCUGGUGGCAGCAAGGUGGCUGUUGUCAAGGAGUAAGGUUGUUGGUUAGUUUUGGAACACCCGCUCCAAGAUAAGGCUACGCACGCCGUUACACCCAACUUCUCCAGGAGGUGAUGUGUUCACAGUGGUUAAUCUGGAUGUAGCAAGCCAGUAAGGUCACAUUUGUGAACGUGUAGACUGUAGAGGUGCAGGAGUAUUUCGUCAGAAUUAAUAUUUUCAUAUGAAGAUGUUGAACUCAGAAAUAGUUCAUGAUUAUCAUUUAAUCGUAGUGAACAUCUCAUGCGUCUGCAAAUUCCUCCAGUGGUUUGUUCAUUUCCUGAAGCUUUUGUACUACAUUUUAUAUAUAUAUAUAUACUGUGUGUAUUGUUUGUGUGUGUUGAAAGUUUUUCAAUCUUUAUCAAUGUAAUUAAUGUUCCAUUUCAAUGUUCAAAUUAAAAGCUUUUCUAUGUAAUAGCAAAUUUUUUCAAUUUUGAUUUAUGUCAGUGACCAGAUUUGAUUCAAUUUUAAUUGAAGUGAGCUUUAAAUUAUAGAACAGAAAUUCUGAAUGGCUCCUUGUAAUAUCUUACGUUUUGUUAUCUUAAAAUCAGAUGCUUUAAGAUUUUUAUGUUAUUGUUGCAGAUUGCAGUGCAGGACACUUUUUUUAUAUUUA